AUGUUCGAUGGUUUCCCUUUCAAGCUCACCCUUUUCUCCAUCUUCACCUACUGGGUGUACUUGCAGAACCUCGAGAAGUUCCCUUAUGUCCAAUUGACAUCCCCCAUCUUCCUCGCGUCGUGCGUGUUGGUGGUUGCCAACCAUUUCCUAUGGUACGACCACUUCCACAAUCCUUACAUUCCACUGAUUGAAGAGCGGUUGCUGCCAUCAUAUGUUCCUCCACGGAUCCCGACUUUUGUCGAGGUGUGCUCCUUUUUCGGCUUGUGCGUUUGGUUUGUGCCUUUCGCCUUGUUCGUGUCUUUGAGCGCCAACGAUAACUUACUACCCCAGCAUAGCGCUAUCCCCGAGACGAGACAGAAGAAGAAGGUUGGUUUGGCUAAGCUUGUGGUGGCCACCGCUAGAGAAUACGUCUAUGCUGUCAGCAGAAAACUCGGCUACGAAUUAGAUCCCCAUUAUGGCACCAUCGUGUAA